UGGACAGAGAGGACUGGCCAUCGCAAAGCUCUUCGACGGGAACAGGUUUUCUGUUCUCGGAUGUCCGAAAAUGUUUUCCAGCGUUCACCCGAUCAAACUGGGCCUUGAUGCGAAGGGUGACAAGAAAGGGCCCAGGAAGAUAUUCGUCAUCCCAGUCGCCACUAACAAAAAUGAGAAGGAGGAGGAAAGGCCACGGAACAUGACGAUUCCGCAGUUGUCCAAGAAGUUUUGCAGCGCCACCACAUGCCACGGUCUCAACCGCAUCGCUCAGGCGCAGUCCCCGGUCGCCCGCUUCAUCUGGCUGAGCCUUGUCCUCACCUCGCUGACGUUGUUUUUACUCCAGGCUAAUUUGCUCAUCACCAAGUACAUGGACUAUCCAGUACAGAUCAACGUCAACAUUGUCGUCAAUCACAGACUCCCGUUCCCUUCGGUGACGAUCUGCAACCAGAACAGAAUGAAGAAAUCGGAACUGAACGGAACGCGCUUCGCACCGCUAGUGGACAUCGACGAAGAAACCGUGAGCACAGUGGCUUUUCUGGGGAAUGAUGGAGGUGCAGUGAGCAGUCAGGGGGAAGGGUCAAGUGAGCAAACGGUACGGAUGAAGAGAGGAAUACCAGCAGCAGAAGAUCGCCAUAACCUUGGCAAAGACAGGCCCAUUGUUGCUCGAAAACGCCGAGCGUCACCAGGGUGCCCCAGCGACCCCGAUAACCCGUACGGAAUCGUUUGCCUGGACGUCAAGACCUCAAUGGCAAAUGCCUCCAACAGAUGCGCUACCAUCGGCAUGCAGCUUUGCACGUACGACCAACUACGAAAGGCGCAUGCCAUGGGAGUCCGAGACCCGCUGACCAGCGACGACAACGACGGUUGGCGAUUCUUCAGCCGAAAUGACUGGGACGUGACGUUACAGGACGACUGCGGGCCGCGUUACGAGAAGGUCGUGGACGAGUGUUAUGAAGGAAUGUUUCCCCAUACGCCUCGGCCAGCUACCCAUGGGUUCCUGUACUGUUGCACCAGAGAAAUGCUUCGAACCACCGAUAAAUACAACACACACGAAGAAGCUGAACAAGCCUGUGAAAGCCAGCAAUUUCAGCUGUGCACCCCGAAGCAGAUGGCGAACGCUUAUGACAAUGGCAUCCGAGACGAGAAGUGGGGGUUCAUCAGCCAAGCAGACAAACAGGCCCACCUCGCACCGUGCGGGUGUCGACCAGAUGACGAAUGUUACCACCUAGCGUUCUCCUACAUUCAGCGUCAAAGCCCUUCCCUCCCGGCGUACUGCUGCAAACGAACAUACCAGAUGCGAAACGACUACUUCAGCCACGAAGGAGCAGAGAACGGCUGUUCUUCAAUAGGAUAUGAUAUCUGCAGCCUAAAGCAGCUUGCCGUAGUCCACGGCUUAGGCUCACGUUCUGACGCUUGGGGAUGGGUUCAAGAAGAGAACACGAUCUCCCGGCUUCAUGGGACUUGUGUGGAAGCUAACGGAUUCCGCUGCUACGAGAAUGCUCUGCAGUACCAGACUGCUGCACCAGGAGGGAUCUACCGGCUACACUGCUGCACCCCCACCUUUGUACAAACCACUCAGACAUUCUCCAGCUAUGGCAACGCGAUGGAUACUUGUAACAAGGAUGGUAAGCAGAUCUGUACAUUGACCCAGCUGGCGGAAGAAUAUAAGAACGGAGUUCGGACAAACACCUGGGGCUGGGCUGAAGACCAGAUGCAGGCCGUCGUGGGGGAGUGCGACGCUAACCUUGACUGCGCCAGUAACGUGACCAAUGCGAUCCCUUACGUAACAGCGGACGGGACGGCCAAGCAAGCCUACUGUUGCGAGUAUGUCCGAGUAUGGCCGGAACUCCCUCCUCGGACCCAAUGCACCAACCGAUUCAAAGGGUGCAACAAUCCUCUUGGGAUGGAGAAUGGUGUUAUCAAGGACUACCAAAUCACGGCUUCAUCUACGGACGGGCGGAACGGGACUCAGGCCCACUACGGCCGCUUGAACGGGCCGGCUGCGUGGUGGUCUAACGGUGUCCCACAAGGGGUGCUUGGGAUCGACGAGUGGUUCCAAGUAGACUUACUAAAGCCGAUGUACGUCACAGGUGUCAUCACCCAAGGACUGGCAAGAGCCUUCAUUUUAACAUUCAAGAUUCGCUACAGUAAUGACACGGGCGGGCCUUGGUUCGUGUACACUGACCCGUACGGAGGACGUGAUGAGUUGUUCAAGGGCGUCUCCGCAGAGGACCAAACAGGUCAUCAACACUUUGCCUUCCCGAUUCUUGCCAGGUACAUCAGGUUCAUGCCUUGGUUCAUGUCAGAGUUUAUCUCGCUGAGGAUGGAACUUGUCGGCUGUGAUCCCGAGACCUGCUCCGACCCGAAGAGCACGGACGGACGCGGCGUCGUCAACGUAGCCCUAGACUGUCAGGAGAGAGAGUGCUACCUCGGCAAAGGAGAGAACUACCGCGGCACGAAGAAAACGACUGAAUCGGGACGAAGCUGCCAGAACUGGGAUCGACACUACCCGCACCAACACUGCAACAUCACCAGUGACACCGACCCGGACGCUUGCCUGGCGAAAAACUACUGUCGCAACCCGGACGGUAGACCAGGCGGGCCGUGGUGUUACACAGUCGACCCCGUCAUCACCUGGGAGUAUUGCGGGGUCGAGAAGUGCACGGAGAGAGACGACAUCGUGCUGGACAAGACGGCGUGGAGAGAAUACAUCGAGCGGUCCAACACCUCCGAUUUCAACGACCUGUCUGAUCAUCUUCCCCGGGCCACGCGGGAGGAGCUGCGUCAACUCGGACAUCAGAAGAACGACUUCAUCCUGCAGUGUAGCUUCGACAAACAGACCUGCUCACCUGACGACUUUGUGUCUACCCAGACUGAGAAGUAUGGCAACUGCUUCACGUUCAACUCCGGACGUGAUGACAAAGAAUGGGUGACCACCAGGUCCGGCUCAAGCUACGGUCUGAAGCUCACCCUCAACCUGGAGACGGCAGAGUACCUCGGUCUGUUCGGCAACAAAGCCGGCGCCAGGGUCAGCAUCCACCCCGUCAACUCCACACCGUUCCCGGAAACCGACGGCGUCGACGUCCCUCCCGGCAUGGCCACGUCCAUCUCGGUCAGAUCCCUGGUCAUCACGAGGACGCCCUUCCCUUACGGCGGUGGGGACUGCACGGCCAACGUGGACGAGGCCGUGUCGCUGUACGAGGGAAACAAGUACUCCUUCCGCCUGUGCGAGAACAGUUGCUUUCAGUGCCAGGUCAUGCAGAACUGCAGCUGCACCACGGACUUGAUCGAUUUGAGCAAGGUCGAGGCAAUCCAAAAGUGCAACGACCAGUUCCAGGGUGCCCCCGUCCCCAUCUGCGACCUCGCCAAUCCCCGGGUCCAGGCCUGCGUCAAGACCCAGUGGAAGCUCUUCGAAAGCGGUGAGCUGAACUGCUCCUGCAACCAAGCCUGUCGCGACGAGGCCUACGAGCUAAGCAUCUCCUCCGCCAUCUGGCCGUCUCGCCCGUUCGAACCGUACAUCCUGAGAGAUCUACAUAUGAUCCAGCAGUUGAAGAGGCGAAAUCUUCCCCGGUCCUCUGAAGAGGUGCGCGACAACUUAGUACGAGUCGAGGUGUACUACGAGGAACUCAACUACCAGAGCAUCAGCGAAGAGUGGAACUACAGGGAGGAAGAUUUCCUCAGUGAUCUCGGCGGUCUUCUCGGACUGUAUAUCGGUAUUUCCUUCAUAACCCUUUGCGAGAUCCUUGACUUUGUUCUCGAUAUGAUUAAACUACUGAUGAAAAAAUGCUUCGUACUGAGAAUGAAACAGGAAUCGCGCAAGUUCCAACAGCCUGCUGACGACGGUAAAGCAAAUGAAUGAGGUAAUGUUAAAUACAGUUUCAAAUUGCAUUCAACGACGAACAUGUACUCAUAGUGGCUGCGUCAACUGUGUAUUCGUAGUCUUCAAGAACAUGUCGUCGAACCAAUAUGUACUAUAAAACUUAGAAUUAUAAAACAAAAGGUGUCGUCACAGACUUCAUUACAGAGGUGUAGUUUGGAUAUCAAAUGAAUGAAAGGUAAUUUUUAUGUAACAUAAGAUGAACACUACAUAUAUAUUAUAUUCGUUGCCAGUCAUCAUUUCAUAUGUUAAUUCUAUAAGAAUCCGACAUCGUGUCAUUGUUGUCAUCUAUCAUUGUUCAGAUAUAACGCAAAGAAGGUUAAUGUUGAUGUAACAUCAAGCUAAACAUAGCCAGAGUGAACGUAGUCCCAUGUUUAUAUACAUGUGUUACAUACAUGUUCUGAUGUAUACUCAAGGAGAAUCUAACAUCGUGUUCUUGUAUUAUUGUUCAGGCUAGAUAACCAAACAAUUAACGCUGCAGUGACAAUGCAAAGAUCAGUUAACGUUGAUGUAACAGUAAGUUAAACAUGUGAUACAUGUGACUUACAGACAUGUCGUAAUAUUACAAAUAUAUAUAUACUGUUGGUGUCAUUUUGUCAAAUGAAAGUGUCAUAACAAGUGCUAACUUCACAUGUAAUGCAUGAGUUAUCUGCUAUGGGAGUGAUUUCGACAAGCAAAACGUUUCGUUGUUUUAUCAGUUUAUGUCAAGACUAUAACGUUAAUAUUGAUAAUUUAUCGGAUAAAAUUUGACGCGAUGAAGAAAAAUAUUUUUGUGAACUAUAUAUCAUCAGCAUUAUCAUAUAGUAUGAUAAGUAUGUGAAAUGAUAGCUAUGUACUAUUUCCUAAAUAUCAUAGUAAAUGAAUAAAGAAU